AUGACGAGCGCGAUUGCGCAUUAUUCUACGUGCAACGAGGCGCUUGCGGAGCGGCGCAGCCUCGUCGGUGCAGACUGGGCUUCUCACGCCGCGUGCGCGCGCGGGCCGUCAUUCGCGCUGCCCUGCCGCGGCAUCGGUGGUGAACCGCGCGGCGGCUGGGGCGGGCGCCUGUUUGCCGCGGCGCUGAAAAAACCGCACUUUGGGCGAUCGAAAAUCACAGUGCGGCGGUCCUGCCGGGAGGGCCGUCGCCGGGUGACUUACGUUUUUGCGGCGGCCGCGCCCCUCUGCCCUCACGCGAAGGCCGGCGGCGGGGCCCCGACGCGUAGUCGACGCACGCCAAUCGCUUUUCAGCGCACGCAGUGCGCCCAUUCCUCCCGCAGCGGGUGGGGGUUGUCCUUUUUUUUUUUUCCUUCGUGGGAGGGGUUUUUCGCCUCUCCUCUUCCCGCCACGGCUUGCAUGUGCGCACCGGCGCGCGGCCUCUUUUUUUUUUUUCUCGCCUCUUUCUCCCCGUACGUGCGUCUCCGUGGAUGGAUGCACAGAAACAGGGUCAGGCUGGCUGCCCACACCGCGUGCGUGAAGGAGGGAUAG